AGCCGCAUUUGACUCUGGCUCACAGCUCAGCUAGUUGGCCGAUCUCGGCCGCGAUAAGUCGUUGUUUGCGAAAUUCCGAUUUCAACUCGCCAUGUCUUGGCUUCGAGUGCUGCUUCCUUUGGCGGCAGCCAUCCGUAGGGAAGUGAAUGAACGAGUGGACAACGUGGACGCUGCGUUCGCACAGCUCGAGCAGGAGCUGCAGGUUCAGGCGCAGCUGCAGGCGGGCCACGUGCUGCGGGACCGCUUUGUGCUGGAGGAGUAUAUGGGCUCCACCCCGGGCUAUGAGCCAGCCAGAGACCGAGACGGUGAAGGUUUAGCCGAUAUGCCUCCACCACCUUCGGGCUAUACCCCCCCCGGAGCCCGGGCGCACACCCCAGGCCCUGGCAUACCGGCAGAGCAGUUCCCAGACUCCGGAAAGCUGCACAGCUACUCACAUGUGUCCCACCUGGGCAAGGGCUCCUUCGGCGACACCUGGAAGGCCUACGACCGGCACCUGAGGAAAUACGUCGCGAUAAAGAUUUUCUACAUGAGGCACAGCUCGGUCGGGCGGAACGCGUUUUUCUUGACCCCGGCGAUUGUGCGAAAGCUGGGCGAGAAGGUUGCGGGCAAUGUAAAGGAGGCGGUGGAGGAGUGUGUGGCAGUGAAGCAUUUGGUGACUUCUAGAACGGCGGCCUCCUAUCCGGGCUCCCACAACAUGUGCCAGUGCUUCCAGGAGCACGUGAGCGACGCCCAGCCCUCAGAGCCCAUCUUCCUGGUGCUGGAGCUCUGCGGAAAGAGCCUGAGCCAGCGGCUCCGCGAAAGACCCAACUGGGCCUGGCGCAAGCAGAUCAUCACUCAGAUCCUCCAGGGCGUUGACUUUCUGCAGGCCAACGGCAAGAUCCACCACGACCUCAAGCCCGACAACGUUUGCGUCACCGACGAGGACGUAG